AUGGCGGAAUCCAGAGCGUCUGCUGCCCGAGGUGUAUUUAGUCAGGGUCUUCUCCUUUGUUCAUCGUUGGGUCGUUGUUCCUAUCAUGUGCGUGUUUCAUUGUACCUAUAUCAAGCAGCUAGGCAGUUGUUCCUGGUUCAGAACAGAUGUGGAGAGCUUGCUGAAGAGCCACGGUGCAGGACUCUUCAUCCAGGACUUGAGCCUGUCUGUCUGAACCCCUACUCCCUGCAAAAUGCCCUAAACACCUACCAGGCAGACCAUGGGCCACUGGAGAUGAAGGGAAGAGCUGUUCGUGCUCGCUACCCGGCCUACAGAUGUUUUGUUUCCUGGUGCUGGGGAUACCUGGGAAAGCACAACAGGGUUGUCAUACCUUCUUGUGUUGUGCUCAGUAUUCAUCAGGAGUACCCAGAUGAAGAUGGGGAGUACACAGGCUUUAAACCUACCAUUUAAAUUUAAA